CCGUUCUCUCUCCUUCCGAUUCCAGAUUCCAAUCUUCCUUCCUUUGUGAUUUCUUUCGAAAGCCCUAAUCUUUUUUGUUUCUCAUCCUUGAUUUAGCUUCUGAAUCUGGAAAGUUUUUCCUGGAAUCUUCUCAAAUUUCAAGACUUUGAUUCUGUGUAAGAUUUGUCCGAAGGGAUUAAAUCAAAGAUCUUAUCUUUUUUGUUUUGGGAUCCUUGUCUUGUUGAUGGGCACAACUAGGGUUUGCUCGGAGGUUUCUUCUGGAUCUUCGAAAUCGCUUAGCCAAUCUCUCACGGUAUCGACAUCUACCACAGAAACCGUCAAUGGUUUCCAUGAAUUCAAGAUCUGCGGCUAUUCUCUCGCUAAAGGUGUUGGUGUUGGCAAAUACGUCGCUUCCGAUACGUUUAUGGUCGGUGGUUACUCGUGGGCAAUCUACUUUUACCCAGAUGGGAAGAGUCCGGAGGAUAACUCGUCUUACGUUUCUUUGUUCAUAGCACUCGCUAGCGAAGGAGCUGAUGUGAGGGCUUUGUUCGAGCUCACGCUUGUGGAUCAGAGUGGUAAUGGGAAGCAUAAGGUUCAUAGCCAUUUUGGUAGAGCUCUCGAAAGCGGUCCAUAUACUCUCAAGUAUCGUGGAAGCAUGUGGGGAUACAAGCGGUUUUUCAGAAGGUCCGGUCUAGAAUCGUCGGAUUAUUUGAAGGAAAAUAGUCUCUUGGUUAGGUGCCGUGUGGGUGUGGUGAAGUCAGUUACGGAGGGACCAAGGUAUUACAAUAUCCCUGUGCCAGUCUCUAACUUGGGACAACAGUUGGGAAAUCUUUUGGAAAGUGGGAAAGGCUGUGAUGUUAUUUUCCAAGUUGAUGGAGAAACAUUCAAAGCACACAAAUUGGUUCUUGCAACGCGUUCCCCGGUUUUCAAGGCACAGCUUUUUGGCCCGUUAGGAGACCGAAAUACCAAAUGCAUAACGAUAGAAGACAUGGAAGCACCCAUUUUCAAGGUAUUGCUCCAUUUUAUCUACUGGGACGAAUUGCCUGAUAUGCAAGAGUUAAUGGGCACGGACUCAACAUUGGCGUCUACUCUUCUGGCUCAGCAUCUACUAGCAGCGGCAGACCGUUAUGCUCUUGAGCGGCUUAAAGCAAUCUGUGAGUCAAAACUCUGUGAAGGGGUCGCCAUAAACACGGUUGCAACUACCUUGGCCCUAGCAGAGCAGCAUCAUUGUUUCCAGCUAAAAGCAGUCUGUCUCAAAUUCGUGGCACUGCCAGAAAACCUAAAAGCUGUGAUGCAAACAGAUGGGUUUGAUUAUCUGAAAGAGAGUUGCCCAUCUUUACUAACUGAGCUAUUGGAGUAUGUGGCGAGGCUAAGUGAACACUCUGUUAUAGCAUCUGGACAUCGGAAAGAAAUAUUUGCCGAUGGUUGUGAUGCGAGUGGAAGACGAGUGAAGCCCCGGUUGCACUGAAUGGGAGAGAAAGAAGAAAGAUUUGUGCAUUGUAUAAUCUCUGUUAUGGAUAAUGGCUGAUCUAAUCGGAUCUAGCAAGUACAAUGAAUCAUUUUCAAUGCGUUUUUUCAUAAAUCAAAGAUCCAAUGAAAUUUGGGGAUUAUUCUUGCUGUUCAUCAGAUUGAGUUCUUAGGAUUUAAGAAUUGUUGGCAAUAUAAGUGUUACAACGUA